AUGGAGGACGAAGAGAGGAAAACCAAAAUUUUAUUAACGUAUGGGUCCCAGUACGGAAAUGCUUAUGAUUGCAGCAGAAUCCUUUUCUACGAAUUGUAUCGAAGCUUCCACAUCGAUUUUCUAUCCCUGAAUGAUAUCAAUUUGAUGAGUCUCCAAAGGUACGAAAAUGUUAUUAUAAUUGUUAGCACUACAGGAUAUGGCUGCUACACAAAUAACAUGUCCAAAUUUUGGCUAGCUAUACAUAGGGGUAAUAUAAGGCUUGACGAAGGUACCUAUUUUCAUUUGUUCGGAUUGGGUGAUAGUGCAUAUGAUAAUUAUAACAUAGUAGCGAAAAAAUUAAAAAAAAAAUUAAAAUCUCUCAAUGCAAAUAUUGUAAAUUACAAUUUAGGCAAUUAUCAACACCCUUCAAUGCAUUUUUCAAACUUUAAUAUUUGGAGAAAUAAUGUCUAUCGAUUUUUGAUGAGCAGAUAUACCUCCUUUCAGUUAAAUGAGGAUGUCCCUCGGUUGUACUCCAUCAGGAGGGUAGAUCAAUUAGCAGGUGAAGCGGAUAUCGACCAGGAGAAGGGAAAAAAGGAAAAAUAUAACUACACCAAUGGAAGGUGCGAUUAUAAGUCUACUAGUGAAGAAAAAUACAUAGAGGAUAUUCACUCCAAUGAGGAACAACAAAUCGAAAGAGAUUCAUCCAAAAGGGGGGAGGAGCAUAUGCAAGAUACCCAUAGUGGGUAUAGUAUGGCUUCCCAAAUUGGUGACUUCGAACCGGAUGACUACUUUUGUAAAUUAUUAAAAUUUUCGAAAUUUGAAAUUUUAAAAAAUGAGAGGUGCACAGGAAAGUCCCAUUUCCAAGAUGUAAGGUGCAUGGACCUGAUGGCACCACCCUCCCUAUCCUUUAAUGUGAGCAGCUUGUUAAAUGUUUACCCAUUUCUAAACGAGAAGAAAACGAAAGAGGUAUUGAAGAUGUUAAAUAUUAAUUAUGAUGAGUAUGUUAUUGUUCAGUACAACUACCCCGAGGGUAAAAAAAGUAUCACAGAUGGCGUUCCGAUUAAUAAAAGAAUAAAAAUACUACACCUUUUUAUGUACUUCCUAGAUUUAAGCAAAAUGGUUACCCCCAUCUUUUUCACCUAUUUAAGUAAAAGAACAACGAGCGAAAUGCACAGGAAGAAAUUUCUACAACUGGCAGACACAAACGAAAUAGCAGAUUAUUUUUCCUACAUCUAUCAGGACAGAAGAUCCUACUACGAUAUCUUUUGCGAUUUUUACAGUUACAUACAAGUUGAUGUAACUUUUCUCGUGAACACUCUUCCGGGCAUUCAACAAAGAUCCUAUUCCAUAAUGAACCCAAAGGAAUAUUAUAAUUAUGUAAAAAUAAAAUUUAACCCUUACCAUUUCUAUCUACAUACUGUAAAUCCAUUUUUUUCAUCCCUCUUAUCCUUUUUAAAGAUCCAUUUUGGCGCAAGAAAUAUUUUGGCUCAUUAUACAGAAGAAAUGUGGACAAGUCGUACCUUGAAAUUUGUAAACUUCAUGAGGGGAAAAUUAAGCAACCGAAGGAACAACAUAAUCGAGCUACUGGUUAGUCUUUACCAAGUGGAAAUAAACAAAAAUAAAAAGGUGGUGGGUCUCUGUUCAGAUUAUUUAGUCAAUUCGAAAGAAGGAUCUUUUAUUUACGCACAAAUUCAGGAUAGCUUAUUGUGGUUUAAUAAAAAUGUUCUAAACUUAGGCUACCGAAUUGUAUACAUUUCUACUGGCUCGUCCUUUAGUAGCUUUCUCGGCGUUAUCAGAUACCGCCACGAUUUGCACAUAAAGGGAAAAUCUACAAAAAAGGGAAUAGGCGAAAAGGAGCAGCAUGCAAUGGCUACUCCGCGCUUGAAAGAUUUUCUCUUCCUUGGACUUCGCAACAGGUUGCACGACUUUUACUUCGAAGAUGUUCUCCGAGGGGUUACCUAUUUCAACAACAUUUUUGUGGCCUUCUCUAGGGACCCCAAGGACAAUUUUUCUUUUCUUAACAGGGAGGUGGAACUGAAUAGUGAGUAUAGUGCCCCUAGCGGUGGCACUGGCGAUGACCGCGACGAUUGCGGUGAACUCAAGGGCUACCCACACAUUCACUACGAACACGUAAAACAACUUCUAAGUGAGAAGAAGAAAAUAUACGUAACUGACGUCGUGCUGGCCAUGCAGGAUUGUAUGUACGAACUCUUAACGGAGCGGAACACGAUAUUCCUCGUGUCGGGAAAAUCGCGCCCCUUCGCGCAGAACCUUAUGAAGACCUUUGGGAACAUCAUCAAGCAGAAGGAGCCGCACAGAACGGAGGAGAAUAUUCAAUCCUUUUUAAAAAAAAAAGUGGAUGAUUUUUCAAUAAUAGUUGAAUCAUGGUACUAA